UGUCACCAACAUCUCAUAUUCUAUGAUCCAUAUAAUCAACCGAUCUGGAAAUCGGUGUAAGAUACUUUAGGUUCCAAUGUUUUUCUUAAAUUAGUAUUGAACAAUGGAAAAUUUAUAUAAUCAAACCAAUUUGUUGAUCUUGCAAACACAACAAACAUUCCGUUCCUUGGAAACUGAUUUUUCCAAUGCUAUUCCAAUAGAAGACGAUAUACAGGAAAAAAUUAAUUCGAUAAAUAGUAAUUGUGAGAAGCUAGAUGUUUACCUCUUCAAGAUACCCAUAGACCAGAGGCAAAAUGCUAAAAUGCGUUGUGAUCAACUGAAAUAUGAUAGUAGACAUUUGCAAGCUGCUUUGGCUGUUGCUAAGCAGAAACGAGCUAGACGAGAAGCUGCAGCGAAUGAACGAGAGCACCUGUUUCAUAGAAAAUUUGAACCAAAUCCAGAGGUGACAACCAUUAACAUGGACUAUUCUAUCCAACAUCAAGGCUCUCUGCAGAACUCCAAUAGAGGGGUAGAUGAAAUGAUAAGUACUGGAGUGAAUGCUCUGGAAUCUUUACGAUCACAGAGGCUGACCCUCAAAGGAGCUCGUACCAGAUUAUUAGAUAUGGCAAGUACACUUGGAUUGAGUAACCACACAAUAAGACUGAUUGAGAAAAGAACUUCUGAGGAUAAGUUUGUAUUGCUUGCAGGAAUGGGGAUAACAGUCUUAAUUGUUUUCCUGGUUGUUAUUUAUUUCAAGUGAUGCAUGAUAUUGAAUAUACGUAUAUACCAGCAUUUAAAUGAAAGUAUUUUUAUUAAAAAUUUAUAUUUGUGAAAUGUUUUUCAGAACACAUCAAUGUAUUAUAGAGAAAAAUAAUAUAACUAAAACAUUCA